AUGGCAGAGAAUAGUCUUGCAAAAGGGGUGGCGAAUUUGGCCUAUGCCACCGCCGCCGGUCUCGCUGGCUACGCGUAUCUGGAUGCCAAAUUGGGGAUUGGGGCGGACAUGAAGCAGCUGCGACACGAACGCAGCUGGCGACGGCGACUGGAUCAAAGAAUCAAGGACUUGGGAGGCGACUGCAGCCUCUACCGGAUAUUUAACUGUGCAGAUCAAGGAGCAGAGGCGCUGUGGUUUGAAAAUCAGUCCUGGACCUACAAACAAUUGAAGAGUGAUGCAGAUCGCCUGGCCACGAUUCUGUGCCGACACGGCAUCAGGCCCGGCCAGUGCGUGGCGGUUUUCUCAACAAACUCGCCCGAGAUGAUCAUCGCUUGUCUCGCCCUGUCCAAACUUGGGAGCGUUAUGGCAUUAAUCAACACCAAUCUGCGAGAUGCCACGCUGCAGCAUUGUCUCAGCGUGGCCAACGCAGAUUUCAUCAUUGCAACCCCUGACCUGGCGCCCUUUUCUCCUCCCGGAGUCCGCCAACUGAUCCUAGAUCUUUAUUCAUUCGUCAAGAUGGGCUCAGCAACCAGUCACCGAGAUGGACACGACGAACGUGACAGGGCCGUGACCCGAUUGACGUUAGACGAGCUACAUCGAACCGAAGCAAGUAUCACGACGAGAGAACAACGACUCGCCGACGUGGUCGUAUUAAUUUACACAUCCGGUACGACAGGCAAGCCCAAGGCGUGUGCGAUCCGCAACAUGCAGGUCAUGGCCACCUCAAACCCGUUGACAGCCGAUGCGGAGGAUCCUGAAACCUACUAUCCGCUACGCACAUAUUCACCGCUGCCCCUGUUCCACGGCACGGCAUUCUUCACAGGCUUGGCAUACGUGGUCGGCUGCUCGGGCACGUUGUGCCUGCGACGCAAGUUCUCAGUGACGCAUUUCUGGGAGGACAUGGUCCUGGCGAAGGCGAACCGAAUGCUAUACAUUGGCGAGCUCUGCCGGUAUCUGAUGGGUGCGCCGGCGUCCCAGUACGAUAGAUCGCAUGGGUGCCUCGUGGCUCACGGGAACGGAAUGAGAAAAGACAUCUGGCAGCCGUUCAUGGAGAGGUUCGGCAUCCCAGAGAUUCGCGAGUUUUACAGGUCGACGGAGGGACUGGCCAAGUUUGACAACUAUGGCCGCGGAGUCGUGGGGGCUGGCAAGAUAGGAUUUUCAGGGGUCCUGGGGAGGUUCUUCCAAAACCAGACGUUCCUGAUUAAAGUCGACCCAGACACCCAAGAGCCUGUUCGAGACGCUCGCACCGGCUUCUGCCAAAAGGCCAGCUUGGGCGAGCCUGGGGAGGCCAUUGGCCGGUGCACGGACCGAAGCUUGCUUACUGAAUACCUUGGAAAUCCCGAGGCCACCGAGGCCAAGAUGCUGGCCGACGUGUUUCAGAAGGGGGAUCUGUUCCAACGCAUGGGAGACAUGUUAAUCCAGGAGAGGUCUGGCUGGGUUCAGUUCUCCGACCGCAUGGGCGAUACAUUUCGUUGGAAGGGCGAAAAUGUCAGCACCACUGAAGUUAGAGACUUUAUCUGUGGGUCGGAAGACGUCGAAGACGCUGUGGUGUAUGGUGUCAAACUAGACAAGUUGAGUGGUUUGGCCCCGUUGUGGUACGAUGGUCAAGUUGGCGGCGCGGCAAUAGCACUGAAGGCCCACGACGCCGCAGCUGAACAGCGUUUCAUGGCCAAACUCAGAAUAUAUCUCCGUGACAGCGGGCUUCCAGACUACGCGGUGCCGCGGUUGGUGCGCAUCACGACCAGCAUUGGGGCCGGAGACACAUACAAACAAGCAAAGAAGGAUUUCGUGGGACGUAGUUGGCUACCUCGGGAGAACAUCCACGGUGAUAAUUUGUAUAUUUUACGGAGGUCAUUGUUUCAUCCGUUGACUGAUUCACUGUGGGAAGAGGUUCAACAGGGUAAAGCCAUGUUAUAG